CAGCACCCUGGCUGUCGUCCGAAGGAGCAGGAGAGUGAGGAAGAAAAGAAACUUUUCUCCUGAAGUGGAAAUUGUGGCGAAGGGGAGAAAAGUGAGCAGGGGGGAUCGCGCAGCCGGGCCAGAGCAGACAAGGCGGGUUAAAGGAGCAGCUGGCUUGGAUUCCGGGAAAGGACGCGGAUUCUGCUGUGACCUCUGCAGCUCUCCUUACCUCGUCGACCCCAGCCGCAGAGGCAACCAGCUGAAGACCUCUAGCUCUCUGCCUUCUCCACGCCACAAACGGGAUCCCAGGACAGGCCAGGUGCUGACGCUCUGCAACGCAUGUGGUCUGGCACUCGGCAGGCCUCGGAGCACUCCGAACCCCGCGAAGGAUCCUGGGCCGGAUGAGAGGAAGCGGCAUGAAGAGCAGCUGCAGGCGUUUGGACGGGCCAUGGUGGAGCUGCUCGGGGACCAGGAUGGGAGCAAGCUCUGCUGUCCUGCCUACACCAGGAGACCCUGCCUCUGCCUCCAGAAUUAUCUCAAAGCCCCAGGGCUGGGCGAGAACGAGAGCCGGACGCGAGCCCUCGAGUUCUUGAGGUUGCUGCAGGAAUCCAAGCGACUGAAAACCGUGAAGUUCUGCAGCGCCGGGGCCAGCCAGCAAGCCGGGGAGCCCAGGAGGAGGCGAGCCGUCGGGCUGGGGAGCGGCCAGCGGAGAUCUCGAGCCUUUGAGGACUUUGUCCUGAAGAACCGGAGGGUGUUGCGUGAAGAGCUGAAACUAUGCGAGAGAGCCACGCAAAGGAUUCUGGGAUACUCCAACAACUUCCUGCAUAAGAAGCUCAAAACAAGCAGCCAAAAGCCUGCCAGAGUUGAGCGGAAGAAGGGGAAAGGGGCUCUGGGGCUCCUCAAGCCCAUUGCAGAACUCGGCGAAGAGAAGUGCUGCGCGGCCAACUGCACUGCGAUGGCCCACACCUACGGCCGCCUGCUGCAGCACUGGAGAGAUCGAGCAUUAAUGGGCCAGUCGGAGGCUCGCCGAGUCCUAGCCGAAAUGCUAACGCCCUCGGGGGGCAGUAGGUGUAACUGUUACCGCUUCAUAUCCUGGGUGACUGGCUCCAGCCCGAGCACCAUUAGCAAGGUUAACGAGCAGAUGAAGAGGACAGGGGGAGAUAGGGAGCCCCCUCCCCACAGACUCAAGCAGUGGAGGAAGGAGAACCCCAAGCCCAACAAGAAGGGUUGUGUUGCUGAGGAGAGAGCGCAACCCAGUCAGGCACCAUUGCUGGCUUCCCCCUCCACAGCUGGUUCCCAGGAGCUGCCUUCAGUCUCGGUCCACGGGCCAGCCUCAGCGGGCGAGCCGCCCACCUCUGUAACCGGCGCUCUGGACCCCUGCCCCCUGCCGCAGGCCAUGCCUGUCUCUAGCAUUGUCUCAGCACUGCCCAGCACUGGCGGGGAGAUGACAUCACCUUGUACCAGGCGGCCAGCUGGCACGUUCUCUCCUGCACCGGCUGCUGCUUCAAAAGCUGCAUCCGCUUCUCUCGCCCCCUCCAGCCCCCUGCUGCACAGAGCCCAGACUGAGCAGCAGCAUCUGCGGGGCCUUGGCUACACUAGGGAUCCAGCCCACCCUGCGCAGCCUUCACCCCUGGCCCAGUCUCUGGCUCUCUCUCAGCUUCUUGGUCCGGACUCUGGGCUCUGUCCAGCCCGUCAGCAGAUGCAGGGAGCGGAGGAGAUAUGGAAAGGCCAAGAGCUGCAGCCUCCUUUGAUCCUGAUGGGGGCAAACAAAGGCGCUGUUCCAGGCUCCAUUAACUCUGGGGGCCGGUUUCUUGGUGGCUGCGUUGCAGGUGCUGUGAGGGGCCCGCUGCCCAGCGCAGAACAGAGGCUCCCGUCCCAGCUGGCAGGAGGCGAUGAGACCCGACAGCCGCUUGCCCUCCCCAGCAGCCUCCAUCCUCCUCAUUAGCAGCGCACGUGGCUGCCCCAGUGCUCCCGGGGGCUGGAGCGUGGGUCUCAGAAGGCAGUUUGCCAGCUCAGCUAUGGGGGCUGCUCUCAGCUCCCCAGGCGAACGCCGCCUGCUUCAUCGUGAAAGCUGAAGGACAGCCCGUGAGUGGGGAGGCUAAGGUCACUGUUCACCUCGGCUGGCCAAUGACUUUGUGCUGCCCUGGGUAGGGCUAACGACGUCCAGCCCUGACCUCACUGGCUCCCAGCUAUGCAGGAGUGCUCUGGUUAGUGAUACGGUAUCGCCGCCAGCAAGCAAAUCCAGAGCGUCUGGCCCAAGGAGGGGUGUGUCCAAGGGCUAGUGUGAGAAGGCUGCUGUGAAGAGUCCAACAGCCCUGCUGGUCCUGGGAAUCUGUGGCCACCCUUGGAGCAUCAGCCCCAGGGCAUCAGAAUUCUAACUGGUGCGGCUCUUGCCUUGUGAAACGGAGACUGGCUGGGUGCACGCCCGGGGCCCUGGAGCUGGGGUGUGUGAAAGCAGGUCAGUGUAUGACCCAGUAAGGUCUAAGCGGCCCCUGAACCUUUGUACGUGGACAGCACUGCCCCGGGCAGGGGCCUUGGCUCCCCAUUUCAGGUCCCCUAAGGUAGGACUGACUCGCACUGGGUGAGAGAGGCCUCCUAGGCUUUGGAACUCUGUCCCAUCGCAGCUUCCCUGUGACUGCCCUGUAGGAAAGACAGGCCCGACUGGGUCCUGUCUCUAACCCAUUGCUUGACCUGUCAUCACGGGCUGGGAGAGCCAGUUCCUGUUCCCCAAGAGCCUUGCAGCAGGGGCUGGCAGGCAGUGCAAACAGAGACCCAGCAGCCAGGCAGCUCGUAAGCACCUGCUUAAACUUUAGCAUGUGCACUUUCCCCAGGCACGGCUUUGCUUGCACUGCUGCUGGAGUUCUCCUGAAAAACACAACCCCCAAAGCCCUUAGUUCCUGCCUUCUCUCUCUCAGGCUGGGAGCCCUCAGCCCAGACAAGGGGCUGCUGUGUUCUAGUGAAGCAGGAGAAAGUUACUCUUGGCGUGGAAGUUUGGACCACAAAUGUUUAUUAAGCAUAACCCUUCCCCCCACCCCAAGCCCUAUGUAUUUCUAUAUAUUAAUUUAAAUCAUUUGGCAGGGUUUUUUUUUUUUAAGGAAAAAAACAAGUACCUGGUGGGUUGAAAUUCCCCCUUAAAAUGACAUUAGCAAAUGCACAUGUAAAAAAUAUAAAUAAGCUCAUACAUUCAAGUAUAUGGCAAUUACAUCACGCUUCCACAAGCUGAUUGGUCAGAUUCCAGUUUGUGGCCAGGCCAAGCCCCCAGCUGGUCAUGUUGUCUUAACAGCAGGAGCCUGGCGGGGUAGCCCCUCCUACCGAAUACAAUACAGGGAGCGAUGGCCCCGCUGAACUGGUCCUCGCACUGGUUGAUCCAUCCAGCAGUACUGAGGGUGAAUUCUACCUGCUCACACGGAGGACAUCUACACACGUUAGCACACUGGUGCCUCUCCCGAGCAUCCGUUCAGUUGGGCUAAGUGGCACCUGGCUGAAUUUCUUGCUGCUCCUGAGAGCGACGGGGAGAUGAGCAGUAGCUGGAAGGCCCACUGAGGACCGGCACAGCUUGUAAUCUAGCCCUGCCAGGCCCACCUGCCGCAGCAGUGCUAAGUGGCACCUCGGUACAGCAAACCUGGGGGGGGGCAGCUAGCCCCAUUCUGUGUGAGGGCUCAGGGCUUUUGGGGGAGGAGGAGCAUUGUUUUUCAGCCUAUUUGAAAGUGACAAGUCCCCACCAAAGUCAGCACCUUCCCUGUGUGCUCCUGUCACUUUAAAGAGCUACUGUGCCUAGCCCACACCAUGCCUGCCAGGCUGGAGGCCUCUAGCUCCUACUGCAAGAGAAAGGAGGAGUGUUAUUAAGCCCCUUAGGUGUGGGCAGUGCUCUAAGCUAGAUUCACACUGGACAGACUAACAGCGUUCCUCUAAAAACACGUGGCAGCUGUAUUCCUAGGGUAGUGAACGGGGCCAGAGUGACAGCCCUGGGGCGUGAGGUUCCAGCUUCACAACACGCAGCAAAACAAGUUUUAGCCCCUGCUGCUUUGCUUCCACCUGAACCCGAUGGGGCCUCCAUGGGGUUCACUGCCAGCAAGGCCAGUUGUGAGGCAAACACCCAGGAGCUCUUUGAUACAGGCCAACAGCUGUCAGGGGCUAGUGCCAAGUAUACCGGGCCCCUCUUCGUUCAUGGUCACAGGUUCCACUCCAGAGUUCCCCGCUCCCCUGUAACAGCACAGCCAGCAUGGCACCGGAGACAGGUAUGGGCAACCUCCGUGCUGCUGCUGCGUUUGCAGAGGAGGCGUCGCCAUGAGCGGGGGCAGCCCCACGUGUGCACAGCACCUGAACUGGGCUUGCUUGGCACUGCGGGGCAGGACCCCAGCUCCAAUGGCUCCCACUGUCACCUUGGCAGGCUGGUGAAGACAGCGCCAAAUGGCUCCUGGCCAGACCCGGGAGGAGUCCAAAGAAGAGAGGCACCCCGUUAGCCCACGUGUGGCAGAAAUAAAAUACAUUACGGCACGUAGGACCACGGUCGCUGCAGCCAGGGCUCAGGGUUACACUAACUGCUGGCUGCCUUCAGCUUCUCCACGGUUGCACCCCCUGCCUCCGGACGCCCCUUCCUCACAGAGCUCGGCAGGGGGGUGCAGACGCUCCCAGGCACCGCUGGCAGGGGGGCUGCAGCAGCCAGUUCACCAGUUGUCUGUCUACGUCCCUGGCACUCUGGGCCCAGCCCCCAGCUGUGCCUUCUAGCUUUGCUCAGCUGUACAACAGUCAUUGGUUGCCUAUAAAAAGCCAUAAAGAAAAACUGUCCCCAGCUUGUGAACCUGCCCAGCCCCUACUCCAAGGAAAGAUAAACCCCAAAAGU